GACCCGGAGAUGGUGAUACCAGGAGAUUUCAACACAACGGCGCCACUAAACGGUGAAGAACUUGGUGUUGAGGAUAUUAUCUGUGGUGCUUCACCCAUCUCGGACCGCUACAUCGUGACAGCCGCCCACUGUGUCUACCGUUUUAGCUUCGAAUCAGUCAGGCUCGGGGAACUGGAUUUCGGGUCGGAGAACGAGAACAACUCUAUGCCUGUUGACUACGAGAUCGAGGAAAUCAUUGUCCAUCCUGGUUAUGAACCAGACUCCCAUAUCCAGUACAACGACAUAGCGCUGUUGAAGACAGUGGACAAGAUCAUCUUCAACGACCUGAUCUUCCCGUACUGUGUGUCAGACCAAACACCUGCCCCGAACACCAUCGUCACCGGCUCUGGCUUCGGCCUUGCCAAUGCAACGCACCAGUCAUCAAUGUUGCAGGAGGCUGAGCUUCGUAUCUUAGAUUCUGCAGAGUGUGAGAACAUCUACAGGAGAGAACAUCAUGAGCCACAACUGCGUGUCGUGUACCCUGACUUACUACAAGGACGAGACAUUAUGUGUGCCAAUCACCCUGAGAGAAGUGCUUGUGAGGGUGACUCUGGCGGGCCGCUGUUCCUGGAUGUCGCUGAUGGCCGACGCUUCCUGGUGGGGAUGGUGGGUUCAGGUGUGGCAUGCCGGGGAGGGGGUGCCUCUAUCCUCCCUGACCUCUUCGUCAACCUCGCACAUCAUAUCACGUUUAUAGACAAGGAAAUCUUUGGCAACAUCAACUAAAAACCUACUUCAUAUAUCCUCAACUUCCUUAACCGGACUUAAACCCUGUACAUCUACCCUAGACUAUCACUACACGCGCUAACGAGACAUAUCCUCUCCCCAUUACCUUAACAGAAAAUAACCAAACCAGAUCCAAUCUUACCAAGCCGGUUUAAAUACCUAAACCAGGCCUUAACCAUUCGCAUAUAACCUAUCCUAAAAGAGCCUAACUUAUCCUGCCGUUCUUAUCUUCAAUAUAAGAUGGCACAUUGAUAUUAUAUUCAUUAUGGUGACACGGUGUCAAGAUGUUAUGUGUCAUGUUCAGUGUCAUUAUCUCAGUAGACGUAUAUGUCACCUUUAACAAGUUUAUAAGUUAAUAGUUUUAGAAUUUUAUAUUUCAUCUUAAUAUAAUCUGUAAGAUGUUCAUGAAUUUAUUGUAAUGAUUGACUAUCAGACCAAAGCUUACAGCCCAGAAUUACAUCACAUAUAACAGCAAGUACAGUACAGACCGCGUGGUACACCUCAGGUCAAGACCUGACCCCGGCCGAAGUACUUGCGUAACCCUACGAUAUAACCGUGUUAAGGAAACCACACCUGGCCAAGACCCACCCGGGCGGUAAUAAUUACAAAGCACUAUUGUCCUGCGACAUGACCACACCUGGGCAAACAGCUGUCCAGACCUGACCCAAGGGAGAUCAAGGACCAGCUAAUCAGCCAGCACCCCUGUUACCCAACCCAACAACCCGGUCAAGACACACCCACUUAAGUAGGAGAAGUCACCCUCCGGCUCCUCCAAUAUAUAGGGGCUGGAGCUCCUCUCACACGCCAGAGUCUGAUAACCAAGGAGGGCCAGCAACCACGUCCCCUGUCCCGCUCAUCAAAGAAGUCCGUCGCUAAAGGCAACGAGGUUUCAGCCGGGUCCAUCGACAGAGUGCUGUCAGUUCAAUGUAUAACCAUAUGUACUGGCUGUGUAGGUGGUAGAAGUGCAGUGAUCCUGGACCUCCUAAAGAUCGACUUAGUGAAGUGCCCAUUCAACUUGUGAAGUUAAACGAACAUAUCAUAGUCUAUCAUACCCUGUGUACGAAUCCCCCCCAUUAAUUCCCCCUAUGCAACUAGUAAAAUAAAGCUGUAACACGCAGUUGUGUUUGUCAUGGGUUGCGUUAGGCUUACCCACGCAACCAACU